GAACGACGAGGCGUGGGGGUGCGCGACCUCGCCCGCCCGGCCCGGCCCCCGCCCCUUGGCCUGCCGCUCCGCCCCCGCGGGGCGUCCCGGGCCGCUCGUCCCCUCAGCGGCGGCCGCACGCGGCCCGGGGUCGCCCAGAAACCAAGCAGCAACAGCCCUUGGAGAGAGGCUAAGUUUUUCUUGACUUCUGCGGUGACAAAGACCUUGAGAAAGUUGGUACUUCUGGCCUACGCUGCCAACGUCUUACCACCCAGCCCAAGACAGCCCAAGCUGGACAUUAGUGCCUCCCUCUUUAUUCCUCUCUGAUCAUCCAGAUCAGCACCUGACUGUUUAUUUUCAAAUCUCACAAACCCAGCUCAGCCCUCAGAUCUUCAUAAUUUUGGUUCUCAGCUGCUCUUUAAGGUAUCUAGCAGACAGUUCAUUCAUUCAUCUGUUCAUUCAAUAAGUAUGAGUUGAGGUACUGACAACAGACAAUAAAGAGUCAAAGCCUCUGCCACCACAGAGCUUAUAUUCUGCUGGAAGAUAAAUAAAACAAACAUUUUGUAUGUCAGAGCAUGGUGCUGUGGAAAAUUGUAAAGCAGGACAGUGACUUGUUACCACCACCACAGCAGAGCCUGACAUCCCCAGCAGAUCUCCAGUCAGCCCCUGACAUCACCCCCUCCCUUGUCUCCCUCUGUGGCCUCCUAAAUGCCCAUCCCGUUGGCCUGGGUUCAGCUGGUGGUAUGGAGGGGUGCUGCCUAGCACUGACCUGGGAGUGUGUGUGACCCACUGACCCAAUGGACAUCAAAGGCCAGUUCUGGAAUGAUGAUGAUUCGGAGGGAGAUAAUGAAUCAGAGGAAUUUCUCUAUGGAGUUCAGGGGAGCUGUGCAGCUGACCUGUAUCGACACCCACAGCUCGAUGCAGACAUUGAAGCCGUGAAGGAGAUCUACAGUGAGAACUCUGUAUCCAUCAGAGAAUAUGGAACUAUCGAUGACGUGGACAUUGACCUCCACAUCAACAUCAGCUUCCUCGAUGAGGAAGUCUCUACAGCCUGGAAAGUCCUCCGAACAGAACCUAUUGUGUUGAGGCUGCGAUUUUCUCUCUCCCAGUACCUCGAUGGACCAGAACCAUCAAUUGAGGUUUUCCAGCCAUCGAAUAAGGAAGGGUUUGGGCUGGGUCUUCAGUUGAAAAAGAUCCUGGGUAUGUUCACUUCGCAACAAUGGAAACAUCUCAGCAACGAUUUCUUGAAGACCCAGCAGGAAAAGAGGCACAGUUGGUUCAAGGCAAGUGGUACCAUCAAGAAGUUCCGAGCUGGCCUCAGCAUCUUCUCGCCCAUCCCCAAAUCUCCCAGUUUCCCUAUCAUACAGGACUCCAUGCUGAAAGGCAAACUGGGUGUACCAGAGCUUCGAGUUGGGCGCCUCAUGAACCGUUCCAUCUCCUGCACCAUGAAGAACCCCAAAGUGGAGGUGUUUGGCUAUCCUCCCAGCCCCCAGGCAGGUCUCCUGUGCCCCCAGCACGUGGGCCUCCCUCCCCCAGCACGGACCUCUCCUUUGGUCAGUGGUCACUGCAAGAACAUCCCCACUCUGGAAUAUGGAUUCCUUGUCCAGAUCAUGAAGUAUGCAGAACAGAGGAUUCCAACGUUGAAUGAGUACUGUGUGGUGUGUGAUGAGCAGCAUGUCUUCCAGAAUGGGUCCAUGCUCAAGCCAGCCGUCUGUACUCGUGAGCUGUGUGUUUUCUCCUUCUACACGCUGGGAGUCAUGUCCGGAGCUGCAGAGGAGGUCGCCACUGGAGCAGAGGUGGUGGAUCUGUUGGUGGCCAUGUGUAGGGCAGCUUUGGAGUCCCCUAGAAAGAGCAUCAUCUUUGAGCCUUAUCCGUCUGUGGUGGACCCCACUGAUCCCAAGACUCUGGCCUUUAACCCCAAGAAGAAGAAUUAUGAGCGACUUCAGAAAGCUCUGGAUAGUGUGAUGUCCAUCCGGGAAAUGACCCAGGGCUCAUAUCUAGAAAUCAAGAAGCAGAUGGACAAGCUGGAUCCCUUGGCCCAUCCUCUCUUGCAGUGGAUCAUCUCUAGCAACAGGUCACACAUUGUCAAACUACCUCUCAGCAGGCAGCUGAAGUUCAUGCACACCUCACACCAGUUCCUCCUGCUGAGCAGCCCUCCUGCCAAGGAGGCUCGGUUCCGGACCGCCAAGAAGCUCUAUGGCAGCACCUUUGCCUUCCAUGGGUCCCACAUUGAGAACUGGCAUUCGAUCCUGCGCAAUGGGCUGGUCAAUGCAUCCUACACCAAACUGCAGCUGCAUGGAGCAGCCUAUGGCAAAGGCAUCUACCUGAGCCCCAUCUCCAGUAUUUCCUUUGGAUACUCAGGAAUGGGAAAAGGACAGCACAGGAUGCCCUCCAAGGAUGAGCUGGUCCAGAGAUAUAACAGGAUGAAUACCAUCCCCCAGACCCGAUCCAUUCAGUCGAGGUUCCUGCAGAGUCGGAAUCUAAACUGUAUAGCACUUUGUGAAGUGAUUACAUCUAAGGACCUCCAGAAGCAUGGGAACAUCUGGGUGUGCCCUGUGUCUGACCAUGUCUGCACACGGUUCUUCUUUGUAUAUGAGGAUGGUCAGGUGGGCGAUGCCAACAUUAAUACUCAGGACCCCAAGAUACAGAAGGAAAUCAUGCGUGUGAUCGGAACUCAGGUUUACACAAACUGAGGGGGCCCCAGCCCUCGUACCACCCCUGUUCCCCCAGGAUCCAUCUGCCCUCACACAAGGGCUCAGGAGCAGUGUGUGAGGCUGCCCUGAGGAAUCAAGGGGCCAUUACCAAGGGGCAGGAAAAGGAUAGAAGAGGCGGCCUUCAUGGUGGAGACUGACCCAGGAACCACUCCACAUUUGGAUGGCCCAGACUGACUCCCUACUCCUGAUUUUCCCAGUUGACUUCACCCUGUUUGUAAAUAAAACAAUAAAAUGGAAGGUGCUGUGGACUGGAUAUGAUCACUGUGGUCUG